GGGCGCACACUACUGUCAUAUGCUGCAGAAAAAGGGCACACUGAUAUUGUAUCCUUGUUAUUACUAGCUCCUCAAAAAGUCAAGGUCAACUUGAAGGAUCAGGCAGGACGCACCCCCCUGUCAUACGCAAUAGAAGGCGGUCAUGAACACAUCGUGUGGCUAUUGCUUACUCGCGGCGAUAUUCUGGUCGACGACAGGGACAAUUCCCAAUUUACCCCUGUAUUAUAUGCCGCAAAGCAAGGAAGUCCAAAGAUGAUCAACAUGCUACUGGCGCAGGGAGUCUCGCAAGAUUCCAUGAAGGACGGGUCUGGGCGCACUGUGCUAUGUCACGCAUCAGAAGCUGGGCAUGUGGCUGCGACAGCCGUCCGUUUACUACUUCACCACGGCGCCAACGUGGAGGCAACGGAUAAAGAUGACAUGACGCCCCUAUGGCAUGCCGUCCUAAAGGGCAAUGGGAACAAUAUUGCUUUACUGGUGUCCCAGGGAGCAAACAUCGAGCACCGGGACAAAAGAGGAAGAACCCUACUCCACCUCGCCGUCAUCGGGGGCCGCGAGCAAGCCGUCAAGCGAUUACUCUCCUACGGUGCGAAUCUGGAAGGCAGGGAUAGCGAUAACCUGACACCGUUAUGGCACGCGUUUCUGAGCCAACAGGAAGUCAUCGCCUGUCUGUUGAUCACCCGGGGAGCCAACAUCAAGCAGUGCGACGACCAAGGCAGAACGCCUCUACACUGGGCCGUCAUCAACAAAUGUCGCCUCGUCGUCGCCAAAUUGCUUGCUAACAAGGCGAGUCUGGAAACCGAGGAUGAUCAGGGCAGGACACCCCUGCAUUGGGCUGCUAUGACGGGGAAUCUCACCAUUACCAUGUCACUGCUGGAUGCGGGUGCUAAUGUGAAGGCUGAGGACGCCUAUCGUAAGACGCCCAUUCGAUAUGCGAAGGACUUGGGUGAUAGGGCUGCCAUUGCAUUAUUGCUGAAGUAUACGUGA